AAGCAAGGUAUUGUAGAUCAUCCAUCCCUAAUCGGUGAAACCCUCCUCUCGAUUGGCGACAACAUCGAUCGAUCGAACGAAGGAACGAAGAAUCCCUCUCUUUGAAUCGUCCGUCCAGACAGACAGUAUGGAGAUGGAGAUGCAAGGGAACGAUAAGGAUAGGGGGACAAGAGACAGGAGAGAUAAGGUGUCGUCGAAGCAGCAUACCGGAAGCAGUGAUAACAGGAUAAUCCAAAAGCUAGAAAAGACUGGAGGAGGGGUAUACAUACCGCCUUUCAGGUUGCCUUCUAUGAUGCCUGAAGUUGAGGAUAAAAGCAGCUUGGAAUAUCAAAAGAUGACAUGGGAUGCAUUAAAGAAGAGCAUAAACGGCUUGGUCAACAAGGUCAAUGCAGCAAAUAUCAAGGAUAUCGUUCCCGAGUUGUUUUCUGAAAAUUUGCUCAGGGGAAGAGCUUUGUUUGCUCAAUCGUGUAUAAAGUCCCAGAUGGCCUCUCCUGCUUUCACUGAUGUCUUUGCAGCUCUCGUUGCUGUUGUAAACACCAAAUUCCCUCAAGUGGGUGAGCUUUUGUUGAGAAUGAUAAUUUUGCGGCUUCGAAGAGCGUAUAAGAGAAACGACAAGCAUCAAUUGGUUGCUGCCGCCAAGUUUAUAGCUCAUUUGGUUAACCAGCAGGUUGCUCAUGAGCUUAUUGCUCUCGAGCUUCUCACACUUCUCUUAGAAAAUCCAACUGAAGACGGAGUUGAGGUUGCUGUUGCUUUUGUUGCUGAAUGCGGUUCGGCACUCCAGGAUCUAUCUCCUAAGGGCUUGCAUGGUAUUUUUGAGCGCUUCCGUGGAAUUCUUCACGAGGGAGCGAUGGAUAAAAGGGUACAGUUCUUGAUUGAAGGCCUCUUUGCCUUAAGGAAGGCCAAGUUCCAGGGCCAUCCGGCUGUCCGUCCAGAGUUAGACCUUGUUGAAUUGGAAGAUCAAAUCACGCACCAAGCAUCUCUUCUUGAUGAGAUGAAUGCAGAGGAUGACUUAGUUGUUUUCAAGUUGGAUCCUGAUUUUCUGGAGAACGAGAAGCGGUAUGAAGAUUUGAAAAAAACCAUUCUUGGCAAUGAAGCAGAUGGCGGUGAUGAGGGGUCUGAUGAAGACGAAUCUUCACAUAAAGAGGAGUCGGAUGGGGAACAGAUGAGGAUAGCAGAUGAAACCGGAACAGAUCUGGUUAACCUUCGAAGAAGUAUCUACCUUACCAUUAUGUCGAGUGUUGAUUUUGAGGAAGCUGGUCAUAAGCUCCUCCAAAUCAAACUCGAGCCUGGGCAAGAGAUGGAGCUGUGCACAAUGUUGUUGGAGUGUGCUAGUCAGGAGAAAACGUAUCGGCGUUACUAUGGGCUUCUGGGCCAGAAGUUUUGCAUGAUCAACAGAGUCUACCAAGAUAACUUUGAGGAAUGUUUUGUUCAGCAGUACUCCAUGGUCCAUAGGCUUGAGACAAACAAGCUGCGUAACGUGGGCAUGUUUUUUGCGCAUCUGCUUGGGACCGAUGCUCUGCCGUGGCAUGUUUUGGCAUAUAUCCGGUUGACUGAGGAGGACACCACUUCCUCCUCUAGAAUAUUCAUCAAGAUUCUCUUCCAGGAGCUGUCGGAACAUCUUGGAGUUCAGCGGUUGAAGGAGCGUCUUAGCGACCCUAGCUUGCAUGCUGAUUUUGAAUCGAUUUUUCCAAGGGACAGCCCGAAAAACACACGCUUUUCAAUUAAUUUCUUCACGUCGAUUGGGCUCGGCGGGAUCACCGAAGAACUCAGAGGCUAUUUGAAAAGCAUGCACAUGCAACAAUCGGAGGAGGAUCCGUCUGAUGAAACUCAUCGCAAGCGCCAAAGAAAAUGCUGUUAGUUUACGUGGAGUUAAAUGUGUUUAGAUAAAUGGAGACUAAUCUGUUUGAUUUAGGUUUCGUGAUAUUGUUUGUACAAAGCAACCUUUCGUGAUACCGUUUAGCCAAAACGUACAUUUCCAUUUAUUCUUUUAUUC